UCGAAUAAGAAGAACAUGGUUGGAGAGUCGGGCAGCUUGUCCAUGGUCCAUGCUUGGUCUAUGGACAACACUGGAACCUCCAUGACUGUUGUCUCGUGGAUCCCGACAGUACAAAGACGAGGGGUGGAAUCUCAAAAAUCUGGAAUGCUGCAGUCUUUGCUCAAAUUUCUCUCUCGUCUCCGAAAGGCGUCCAACUUAAAGAUGAGGAUACUCAUAUGCGCCCAAUUUGGAAUGGAUAUGAAGUCGUUCAACUUCAAGCAGUUUCCCCCGUUCAAGUAUUACGACACAUCGAAAAGAUCCAAGCGUCUUUUCAGUUCCAAUUCGCCCUUCAUUUUCACAUUCGACUCGCUUAGGGUCUCAGAGAUACCAGUUCCAAACGUGUUCCCUAUUCUCAGUAACCGUAACAUCAAAACGUUGGAAGUGUCCAGUUUGCGAGCCAAUGAGAACUACUUCUAUGAGCGGGACGUGAUUUUAUCCUCGAGCAAUGACUCUGAUUCGAAACUCAUCAAGGCACUACCGGAUGCAGGAUUGGAACAGAAGCGUCACACCGCUGCCAAAACUAUUCAGAGAGCCAUGUCUUGGCAUAUGGCUUCAAAGAAGGUGCAAGAGGCUUUGAAAAAGGACAAUGCGAGUAAGGGACGAUUGACAUCUAAGGAGAAAAAGAGACAAGACACUCUGAAGAAAGUCAUGAGGGCGAUGCAUUAUAGCAAAUUGGAAACCAAUUCCCGUGAGAGAGAAGCUUAUCAAAGAUACCUUGAGCGGAACGCUCAAAAGGCGGCAAAGAAUAAUGACCUUCUGAAUGUGGAAGAAGAGGAGAUCUUUGUUUUGCCUGGCUUCAAAAAGAAACCAAUCUCUAGCACCAGCUCGUUCCUUUCGGAUUCAUCUUUUGAUGGAAACACGAUCACAUUGUCAUCGAAAAGCAGAAGUGAAGGAUCCGAGUCGUUACCACCUAUUGAUCCCAAACGCCAAGAAAAGGAGGAGUUCAUGAUCAAACACAGGCUAAAAAUGCUCUCGCCCAAUGUGGAUGACAAUUCUUUGUUCAAGGCAUCAAUACCAUCACCACAAAUGGAUCAUCGGAAGCGCCUUUCAGACAUCUCUCCAUCAGCCACGCCUCGGACACACAAACCACAUUCUAUCGCGUAGUUAGAGACAAUUCUGAUAGAAAGAUAUAUUCUAAAUCGUAUGACAAUCUACUUGGGUACAUUUUCACCCGUUGCCUUGAAGUGGAAGCAAUAACCGUUGAUAAACUGUGGAAAAUUAUCCUAUGGUGGGCAGGGAUCCAUCAUCUUCUCGAAUAAAGUACAAAAUAUCGUUCAGCUCAA